UCCUUCACAUUGUUGGACUUGAUUUGGAGCACAAUCGACAUCCAUGUCUCAUCAACUCAUAGAUCUAGAAUGAAAAUUUUAUCCAAGACUUUGUGUUGAACUCGAGUUGGAUUUUCCAUUUCUACACACUACCAAUCAUAUACAAGACCAGCGCUCCAUCUGUUUAGCUUACUGGUUCCAAGAUGACAAUCCAUAACCGAGAUUUCAUUUUGGGUUUUUGGAUUGCCAAGCUUCACUAACAUCCUUAUUCCGUUCAUUUUGAUUUUUUUCUUUUAACUUACAAUUCUUAACUUUUUUUAAAGGAGAAAGAAAUUAGAGUUGGAAUAUGAUGAAUGCGAUAUCAGUCCCAUUCCUAGCAAGCUGGUUAAUCCAAUUGCAUGAAGGUAAGCUAUCAGUAAGACACCGGAGGAAUAAUUUGAUUUUUUUUUUUCUUGAUUUCACAGCAUAAGGUCAAAUUAUGCAGAACAAAAUAUAGGUUGAGCAAGACUAUGUUUUACUUUGUCACUUUCGAUUUAGAUUCAGCUAGUGCUAGUUGUAGUCAGAGAACAUGCAACUUCUUUGCUGUCAACCUGUCCUUUAUUUUUCUAUUAGCCCCCCUACGCAUGAAGAGAUAAUGCUCACUUGUAUGGGAAGCAAAAGAACAAGAGAUGUUUGCAUCUCUUGUUCACAUAAGUUCAAUGGUAGUAGAGUGCUUCAAGGAGCGACAGAUUAGUGGCCACCAAACAUUAGAAGGUUUGAUGAGCUUUCAGAACUAAACUGAUGAACCUUAUCUUCCUUCAUAAAGGUAGGCUGAUAAACACAUUAUGAUAACAAAGGCAGGUACAACAAAAUCAGAAGAAAAUUGUUUGCCAGUUGAAGAAAGAGUUUGGUGGCAUUGGAGUCUACUAGUAGGUUUAUAACUGAAACAGAAUGUUGAUGUUAAAUUUAAACCUCGCGUAUGAUUUUCCAAGUCCUACCUCAGCAGUUGGUGUUCUGACGAAGUACAAGCUUUCUCUUUCCUUGGAAGCUUUGCUGAAAUUUCUGCUCUUUCAGGUUUUUAAUUUGACCCUUCUUCUAGAGCUUCAUUCUCUAUUUAUUCAUUUACAUGAAGCAACUACAAUAUUGUUUGUUCAUCUCUCUCACAAAACAUCUAUUCUCAAAGUUAUGUUGGAAUCAGUCAGUCAUGUUUCUGAAAGGGAUUUGAUAAUUGAUGAAAUAAAUAAGCUUCAGGUCUUGGAAUCUGUAUGGUGCCUCUGCUAAUGAAUGCUGUCUAACAUAGUUCUCUGAGGAUUUUGUUCCCAGUAUUUCCCUUCUCCAAGUGGUUUUUUAGAUUGGAAACAUUUGAUCACAUGUACUGCUCUCAACUUUCUUCAAGUGGAUAUCAUGACAGCAUGUUAUAAAGAUGAUGCCAUCAGCAUGAGCUUGCUAGCUUUACAAGCUGACUAGGAUUUCUGUGAGGGGCCUCUGCUUGUGGAAAUUGAGGCUGUAGCUCAUGGAAAAGUUGGAGAAAGUGACAAAACCGGGCGCGGACUACCAACGUAAUCCUUACGAUAGACUACGACAGCUCACACAACAAAUCAAACAACCCACGUCAUACUCGGCACCGAAAGGACGCUCACGCUGGUGGGCCCGCUCCCCUUCACCCACCUACAGGCAGGAGAACGGAACCCGCAGAGUACUUACUCGAGGAGACUGGUGUGGGAACGGAGACGAGGUUGGACUGCAUUUGGCCCUCUUCUUUUCCUAUAGUGAUAAUAAUCGGAGAUCGGAGAGAUGAUGCUGAACAGCGGGAGAGGAGGAGUCGGCGGCGGAGGUGGAAGAGGAGGAGGAGCAACGGGGACGAUGGAGGAGCAGGAGCUGUCGCUGCCGAUCCUGCUGGCCGAGCGGGUUGCCAAGGCCGUCCGCGAGGCGGAGUCGUUCAAGUUGGAGUGCGCCGACGUGGGGAAGCAGGCGGAACACCUCGCCGCCAUGCUCCGCUCCGCUGCCCGGGUCGCCGCUGCCUCUCCCUCCCCCUCCUAUGACCGCCCCCUCCGCCGCGUCCUCGCGGAGGCCGCUAAGGCCCUCGAGCGCGCCCUCGCCCUCGUCCGCCGCUGCCGCCGCGCCGGCUUCCUCCGCCGCGUCGUCACCAUCACCACCGGCUCCACCGACUUCCGCAAGGCCCUCGCCCUCCUUGACGCCUCCGUUGCCGACCUCCGCUGGCUCCUGUCCAUUUACUCCGACGAAGACGGCGGCGGAUUCGCCAUCAGUCUCCCCCCCAUCGCCAGCACCGACCCCAUCCUCGCCUGGGUCUGGAGCUACGCCACCACCGUCCAGUCUCCCGCCCGAGCCCCCGCCGACCGCGCCCACGCCGCCCAGGCCCUCGCCACCCUCGCCCUCGACAACGACCGCAACAAGAAGCUCAUCCUCGAGGAGGGCGGCGUGCCGCCGCUCCUCGCCCUCCUCCGCGACGGUCCCUCCGUCGAGUCGCAGAUCGCCGCGGCCACCGCGCUGUCCAACCUUGCCAGUGACGCCGACAACGUCUCCGUCAUCCUCGAGGAGCUCGCCGUGCCCAUUAUCGUCCAUGUCCUCUCGGAUUCCCCGAUGCGCCUCCAGACCCAGGUGGCCGGCCUCGUGUCCCGUUUAGCCGCCCACCAACCCGUUGCCCAGGAUGAGUUCGCCCGGGAGAAUGGCAUCCGCCCCCUCGUCUCGCUUCUCUGUAUCGGGGUGCCCCUCGAUGACAUCAGACCAACGCAAAGGAAGCCCUCGAGCAUCCACUCUCUCGUUCAGGGAAUGGGCGUACCCUCAUCCAACAGUAAUGCCAGCGGCAGCGGCGGCGGCAGCAGCAGAAGGAGCUCAUUUCUGUUGCGGGACUAUUACCAUCAACAUCGCAAGGACAGGGAGAAUGAGAGCCCCGAAGCGAAGCUCGCGCUCAAGGUUGCCUGCGCUGACGCGCUCUGGAUGCUCGCCAAAGGGUGCCUCUCCAACUGCCGCAAGAUCACCGAAACCAAAGGCCUCCUCUGCCUAUCCAAAAUCAUUGAACUCGAGAAAGGCGAGCUGCAGCAGCACUGCAUGAUGACCGUGAUGGAAAUUGCGGCCGCUGCCGAGAUGGAUGCCGACCUCCGGCGCUCAGCCUUCAGGAUGAACUCCCCGGCUGCCAGGUCGGUGGUGGAGCACCUCAUUCAAGUGUCCCAGCAGGGGAGCAGCGUCGUUCUUCAGAUCUCAGCUAUCAAGGCCAUUGGCUGCUUGGCCAGGACAUUCCCUGCGAAAGAGACCAAGGUCUUAUGCCCGCUCGUUCUCCAACUUGGACAUUGGAACCCAGAGGUGGCGGCUGAAGCAGCCAAGGCUUUGGGGAAGUUUGCUAACCCGGAGAAUUUCAACUGUGUGGAGCACUCAAAGACGAUCACAGAGUUCGCUGGGGUGCCAGUGCUGAUGCGGCUGCACCGAUCAGGGGAGAAGGCACAGCUGCCUGCAGUGAUCCUGCUCAGUUACUUGGCAUUGCACAUUCCUAAGAGUGAAGCUCUGGAACGCGCAAAGGUCUUGGGGGCUCUACAAUCAGUCGCCAGGAGUCCACUGGCACAGGAUUCCUCUAUAAGAGAUAUGCUUCCUAGGGCUAUCUACCAACUUGAGCUUUUUCAGGUUGGAUUGCAUUCCCACAUACAAAUGUAUGAACCGUGAGCUCUACCAUCACUGAUUGGCAUUUCCUCCUCCCUCAAGACAGAUCCACUAUACCUGAGGCCAAUUUAGAAUGAUCUACAUGGAUCCAUUGAGCUUUUUCAGGUGAGAAGGCACAACUGCCUGCAGUGAUCCUGCUCAGUUACUUGGCAUCUCACAUUCCUAAGAGUGAAGCUCUGGAACGUGCAAAGGUCUUGGGGGCUCUACAAUCAGUUGCCAGGAGUCCAUGGCACAGGAUUCCUCUUUAAGAGAUAUGCUCCCUUGGGCUAUCUACCAACUUGAGCUUUUUCAGGUUGGAUUGCAUUCCCACGGACAAAUGUAUGAACCGUGAGCUCUACCAUCACUGAUUGGCAUUUCCUCCUCCCUCAAGACAGAUCCAUUAUACCUGAGUGUCACGGACAAACUUCUAAACAUGAUGUUUGAUGUAAUGCUUAUGUAUGUCCGUGUCUUUUGGUAUGUUCAUACUUUGACUAG